AUGAAGUUCCAAAUAGCGUCCAUUUUUGGGUUGUUGGCGCUCUCGGAGGCGGCUGCCCUUGACCGUCGACACAACGGUUGUAGUCAUAACAAUUGUUUACGAGCUCUCCUUAGCCGAAACGUGGUCGCUGCAGCGGACUGUGCAAUCCAUUGGCCAGCUCCAGGGGGUCCUUCAACAACGAUUGUUGUCGUCGAAACUGCAACCGCAACUGAAAUCGUGGCCGUGGUCGAAACCGCCACUGAGACUGUGACUUCAACGGAUACGGCUACAAAUACAGAUAUAUCGACGGAGUCGUCGACAGAGAUUCAAUCUUUUACACACACCGACUCGCAAACUUCCACAGAUACUGUUUAUGAUACAGCAACAUUCACAUCAGAUGCUACUGUUGUCGGAACGACCAUAGGGCUCACUGAAACAACUACAGCCGCCUUGCCAAAUGUAAUGAUUGGAAAACGUCAAGUCACGCAGCCCGCCUAUGCUACAGCAUGCAUUGAUCAGGCUGCUUAUUCGAGUGCCUGCUCCUGUCUCACCCUUGUCGAGAGCCCCAUCACUACUAUCAAUACAGCUACAUUUACUUCAACAGAUGUAGUCACAUCCACAGCCACAUCUAGUUCUACAUCUACAUCUGUGUCCACGUCGACAUUUACUUCUACUUCUUCUAUUACCGUUACGGUCACUGCUACUGUCACUGGAACUAUCUCUACUACAGAUACCAUCUCUCCAACGGUCACUACUAUUACCAAUGUUGUCACCGACGGCAGUACCACCAUUGUCAACCCGGUCACCACUGUAACCUCAACAACCCUUGCCCCAGCCGUUACUUGGGUUGCUGUCUAUAUUGCCGGCCGAGAUAAUGAUGCGAACAAGGCAAACCAAUAUUUGAAGGUUGACCCAACCGUUGUGGAUCCAGAGGGCAUAUCUCGUAUCGUUUGGACAUCCAACCAGGCAGAAGCAGCAAAGUUCUUCUGGAAUUCAGCCACCAAGCAAGUUAAAAUGGAUACUGCCGAAGGACCACGAUUCAUCUGCACCCAGCUGAUUGAAAGUGACUUCGUUUUUGUCCGUAUUAUGUCCGAGGCUCUAUGCACAGCUUACGUUGCCCCUAAAUUGAGGUUUUCUCUCAUCCCUGGAAAUUUAUACGUCCUUGAAAACACCCGUUUCAAGUCGUUCGGUUAUCGCACAGACUCUGACCAAUUGGUCAUUGCGAAGGAGGUGGAGCCAGUUAAAUGGGCCCAAUUCCAGGCGAAGGAGGUCUUCUUGAAGGGUGUUAACGCCCUAACAGAGGAAAUCGCCCCCGAAUAA